AUGAAAUCAACUCAUGCGCCUUUAAACAGCCCAGCAAGGAAAUUGGAACAUUCUGCAUCGCUUUUUUUUAAGGGUGUGUGAAAUGUCUUUGUUUCUUGAUCUAAUCAUGGUAUUUUCCAGAAAAUCGGUGGUGUUCUCUUGCGCGUUCGGUGUUCCUUGCGAGGGUGUUUAAAGGCGCAGAAAGCUCACAUUGUUUGAAAAGAAGAGCCUUCGCUGUGAGACUUUACAAAAUUAACUCAUGCGCCUUCAAAUACCCUGGCCAGGAAGUUUGAACAGACGCAAGGUCGAUCGGGACUUUUCAUGAGGUAAUUUUCGGAAUAUUUCUCUGUGAUGGAAAAUAAUAAUUUUAUUCAAGAUGUCGCCGUCAUCAAGCGGUCGGAGGGCAGCUGGAUUCCUGA